UGCCGAGUUGGUUCGCGAGUUUGACAGAAGUUUGAAUUGGACUCGGGGGCUUUCUGCAGCCGGCCGGGCAGAGCGGCGGCCGCGGCCUCGGAGAGCGCGAGCAGCAGCGCCCCCCGCGACCCACCCAGCCAGCCUGGAUCCCGGGCGGCCGACGGCCGCUCCAGCUUCGGUACCGCCCGCUUCGCGCGCCGCGGGUCAGCAGCCCUCAGCCCCACCACAGUCCCCGCAGCCCCCACAGCCCCCGCGCCGCGCCCCGGUCCCGCUGCGCCAGCAUGUCCUCGACGGAGAGCUCCAGCCGCACCGCGGACAAGUCGCCGCGCGAGCAGGUGGACCGCCUGCUCGUGGGGCUGCGCUGGCGGCGGCUGGAGGAGCCGCUGGGCUUCAUCAAAGUUCUCCAGUGGCUCUUUGCUAUUUUCGCCUUCGGGUCCUGCGGCUCCUACAGCGGGGAGACAGGAGCAACGGUUCGCUGCAACAACGAAGCCAAGGACGUGAGUGCCAUCAUUGUUGCAUUCGGCUAUCCCUUCAGGUUGAACCGGGUCCAGUAUGAGAUGCCCCUCUGUGAUGACGAAUCCACCUCCAAGACCAUGCACCUCAUGGGAGAUUUCUCUGCCCCCGCUGAGUUCUUCGUGACCCUGGGCAUCUUUUCCUUCUUCUACACCAUAGCUGCACUCGUCAUCUACCUGCGUUUCCACAAACUCUAUACGGAAAAUAGGCGCUUCCCACUGGUGGACUUCUGUGUGACUGUCUCCUUCACCUUUUUCUGGCUGGUAGCUGCAGCUGCCUGGGGCAAGGGCCUGACUGAUGUCAAGGGGGCCACACGGCCAUCCAGCCUGACCGCCGCCAUGUCUGUGUGCCAUGGAGAGGAAGCAGUGUGCAGUGCCGGGGCCACACCCUCCAUGGGACUGGCCAACAUCUCUGUGCUCUUCGGCUUUAUCAACUUCUUCCUGUGGGCCGGGAACUGUUGGUUUGUGUUCAAGGAGACUCCGUGGCAUGGGCAGGGCCAGGACCAGGGUCAGGGCGCCAGCCCGGAGAGCGCAGCUGAGCAGGGAGCGGUGGAGAAGCAGUAAGCAGCCCCCAGCUACUCCCGAACAGGACAGCACCUCUUCAAGCACCUCCGGCUUCCAGGACCUCCCUCUUCCUUCUCCUCCAACUUCCCUCCCCCAUCAUUCUGGGCUUUGAGACGUCUUCACUGAUGGGCAGGCACCAGCUGUCGGAAACCUGGGCAGCCCUCCCAGUGCCUUCCUAUCCCUCCUCUUCCUGGAGUCCCAGAUGGCAGGAGCUCAGUGCUUCUUGUCUACUGCCUGGACCCAGGCAUCUUCCUUGGGGUCUUAUACGUACCCUCACAGCCUCUGAGAACCAGCCUCUGCUGCAGGCAAGGGUUGGGGUCAGGAGACCUGAGACUGGUUCCUUGCUGCCACUUCUAUCAAUCUGUCCAGCUUCAAUAAAAGUGGGGGGAGGGGAAAUUGGCUGGCAGCCUUCUCCCUGCUCCCUUGCAUGGAGGGCCCACCAGUGGUUUAGUGACCUCUCUUCAGUGGCUGUCAUCAAGGCCCCAUGUCUGCACUGACCUGACAUCAGUCUGAGCUCAGUAUGUUCCCCACUCCCUCCUCUGGCCGCUGUUUGCCCACAGAGUCCAUCAUGUUUGAACCCAGGAGGCUGACUUGCCUAGAAAACAGCCUUCCAGAGGGUCCCAACUGCAACUGAGUUGCAACUUCAAGAAACAGUAGCCAGGAAACUUGCUGGGGAAUCAGUUUUUUCUAUUCCCUUAGUUCUCCCACCCCUCCCUGCUGGGGCGCUUUCCACCAACACUCUCAACUCCUACUUGCCCCAGAAACUCUUUACCUUUCUCCCUGUCCUCCUCCUUGGGCUUGUCUUACACUUGGGAUGCAAGAUGAGGGGGCUAGGAGGCUCUCUGUUUCAGCCCUCCCCACCUCCUGCCUUUCUGUCCACCUCCUUUCCCCAGCCUCUUGGAUCUGAAGCAGUCAAGAUACUUUUCUGAGUCUGUUCAGGCCUUCCUUUGAUUUCUGUGGGGCCAGCUAGCAGCUUUGGAAAGAGGAAAAAGGACCAUCAUGAGUCUAAGCUGCCCCAGGGCCCCGGGACAUGGGUGGAUGGGCCCACUUCCCCUUCACUCUCUUCUCCUUUUUUUUCUCCUCCCUGCUCCUUCUCUGGACCCUGGUUCACAUUUCCCUUUCUCACCUUUAUGAAAGAAUAUGCCCUCUCACUUUGCCCUCCAUUCCUCCUCUGUCUCCUCAUUUUUUCCAGGCUCUAUCCCCCCACCCCUCACCCCCACCUCAGUCCAGGGCAGGCCGAUGCUAUUGGUGCUUCUUCAUUUCGGGACCCAGUUCCAUAUUUGUCCUUGGUUGUGUCUCCUCUUCCCGAUACCUCCUUCAGUCCCUCUCUGGACCCCAGGGCCCAAGAGUCACCGCUGACUGGAUAAGGGCCAUCUGCCUCCCAUGCCACUCAAAAUGUUUCAGUCUGCCCUGGCCACAGAGCUGCCCAAGGGAGAUUGACAAAGGCAGAACCCAGCCAUUUUCCAAACCAGGGCCAGUUAGCCCAUCUUGUCGUCCCAAAGGUGGAUGUGUCCUGUGUGUUUCUCCUCAGGACUGAGUCAACCCCUCCAACCUCCUCACCUUCCUCAGCACCCUCCACAGUAACAUGUGCAUUACUGGGGAACCCAGGUGGCAGGACCUUUGACUUUGGGCCAAUCUUUUGGGUCAGAGUUUCCCUGCUUGAUAGGGGAGUGUGAGAUUUAUAUCUUCAAACGCCCCAGAAUCCUUCAGUGAAAAAUUAGUUUUGUUUUUUUUUUAGCUUUUGGGGAAUGGAUUUGAGGAGGGAAGCUGGGAGAUGGGGAUGAGGGUAUUUCUAAGUCUGAACCUCUCUCUGUCCUGAGCUGUCCCCAUGAUUACUCAAGGAAAAGGUGGGACAGCUUUGCCUACAGCUCGAGACACAGAGAACAAAGGGGUUCCUUCAUUUUUCUUCAAGCUGGCCCCUGUGAGGGUCUGUGAGCAGCUUCUACUGGAACUAUGUUUGAUUCUGUGUACAUAUUUAUAAUUUAUCUGAAAUGUGAUGGAUAAAGUGUUCUCAUUUGGGGGGGCCUAAGUUACUAAUUGGCCCUUUAGCUAGGGAAGGGGGUGGGUAGGUAUACACUCCUGCCAAGGACUCCUAGCCCAGAACUCUCCCUUAGGCCAAGAAGCCUCUUUUAUCGUCUUCAAGUGGCUGGCUUGUUCUCAGUCAGAAGAGCCUUGAUUUAGGCUAUGGCCUCUCUCUUCAUGGCCAUCCUAAAAGGAAAGGCUGCUUCACCUCAUUACCUUCAGAGGGCUGGACUGUCCUCAGAGGACUCAUGUUCCCUCCAACCAGGGCUGGCAUCACCACUUUGCCUAGUGGGGCCUGAGGUAGGAGAAGGUGUCUGGUUUCUCCAGCUGCUGGGAGGAGGCCAGCAGGCAGGGCACUUGCCUUUGCCCUAGUAAAUUCUGACCCUGCCAGGAUGCCCACCUCGGACCUUUUCUGAACACGAGUUCCCUCCACGAUCAUGGUCGUAGAUGUCCUUCUUCUGGGAUUGCAGAUCAGGGGCGGGGGGCGAAUGUUGCAUGUUGUUUUCUGGUGCUUGUCAUUAUACACAUGAAUAAACAAUGCUUUAAGCAUUUGCCAUGAAGGAGCCAA